CGGAACCAGCGAUCAUACGUGAGGUUCUCCCUGUAUCCUCCCAACGUGGGAAUCAUUUUGGAAAGUGCGCGACGGCUCCGAAGCGACAAUGGCCAAGAAAGAAGAAUUUAACGCAGGCAUUAUGGACAGAAAGCGGUCUCCUAACCGCUUGAUCGUCGACGAAGCGAGCAACGACGACAACUCGGUCGUGGCGCUGAGCAUGGCGAAGAUGGAAGAAUUGCAGCUCUUCCGCGGGGAUACGGUGUUGAUCAAAGGGAAACUCGGUCGCGAAAGCAUCUGCAUUGUGUUGCAAGAUGACAGCUGUGACGACGCCAACAUCCGCAUGAACAAGGUGGUUCGCAAGAACCUCAAGGCUCGCUUGGGUGAUUUGGUCACGAUCUCUGCGUGUGGCGACGUGCCGUACGGCAAGCGCAUCCACGUCUUGCCCAUUGAUGACACGAUCGAAGGCGUCACGGGCAACUUGUUCGACGUGUACUUGAAGCCGUAUUUCCUAGAAGCGUACCGCCCAGUGAAGAAAGGCGAUUUGUUCUUGGUGCGUCAAGCCAUGCAUCCUGUAGAGUUCAAGGUUGUCGAGACAGACCCUGCGCCUUACUGCAUUGUUGCCCCCGACACAAUCAUUCACUGCGAAGGCGAACCCAUUCGGCGCGAAGACGAAGAGAAAUUGGACGAAGCCGGAUACAGCGACAUUGGUGGGUGCCGUCGCCAGAUGGCUCAGAUCCGUGAAAUGAUCGAACUGCCACUGCGCCACCCGACGCUCUUCAAGACGUUGGGCGUGAAGCCCCCUCGAGGGGUGCUGCUCUACGGCCCUCCCGGAUCGGGGAAGACGCUGAUUGCUCGUGCGGUGGCGAACGAAACCGGAGCGUUUUUCUUUUUGAUCAACGGACCGGAAAUCAUGUCCAAGAUGGCCGGGGAAUCCGAAAGCAACUUGCGCAAGGCGUUUGAAGAAGCGGAAAAGAACGCGCCGGCGAUUAUUUUCAUCGACGAAAUCGAUUCCAUUGCCCCCAAGCGCGACAAGACGAACGGCGAAGUCGAGCGCCGCAUUGUGUCCCAGCUGCUCACGCUCAUGGAUGGCUUGAAGCAACGCGCGAGCGUGGUCGUGAUCGGCGCGACCAACCGUCCCAACAGCAUGGACCCCGCCCUGCGUCGAUUUGGCCGCUUCGACCGCGAAAUUGACAUUGGUGUCCCCGACGAGAACGGCCGUUUGGAAAUCUUCCGCAUCCACACGCGCAACAUGAAGCUGGACGAUUCGGUGGACCCAGAGUCGAUUGCCCGCGACACACACGGGUUUGUUGGGGCCGAUAUGGCCGCGUUGUGCACGGAAGCCGCGCUGCAAUGCAUCCGUGAAAAGAUGGACGUGAUCGACAUUGAAGACGAGUCGAUCGACGCGGAGAUUUUGGACUCGAUGUCCGUGACCCAAGAACACUUCAAGUACGCGCUGGGUGUGUCGAACCCGUCGUCGCUGCGCGAAACGACCGUCGAAGUCCCCACGACCACAUGGAAGGACAUUGGCGGCCUUGAACAAGUCAAGCGUGAGCUGCGCGAAUUGGUGCAAUACCCCGUCGAACACCCCGAAAAGUUUGAAAAGUACGGCAUGUCACCGUCCCGAGGUGUGUUGUUCUACGGCCCUCCCGGGUGCGGGAAGACGUUGCUCGCGAAGGCCGUCGCGAACGAGUGCCAGGCCAACUUUAUCUCGAUCAAGGGCCCGGAGCUUUUGACCAUGUGGUUUGGCGAGUCAGAAGCCAACGUCCGCGAAGUGUUUGACAAGGCCCGCGCCGCCGCGCCGUGUGUGUUGUUCUUUGAUGAACUGGAUUCGAUCGCCCAACAGCGUGGGAGCUCGUCGGGCGACGGCGGCGGCGCCGGCGACCGCGUGAUGAACCAAUUGCUGACGGAAAUGGACGGCAUGGGCGCGAAGAAGAAUGUGUUUAUCAUUGGCGCGACGAACCGGCCGGAUAUUAUCGACCCUGCCCUCAUGCGACCGGGUCGUUUGGACCAGUUGAUUUUCAUCCCCAUGCCCGAUUUGGAGUCGCGCCUGUCGAUCUUGAAGAGCGUGCUGCGCAAGAGUCCAGUGUCGAAGGAAGUGGACUUGAACUACUUGGCCGCGCAAACGGACAAGUUCACUGGCGCCGAUUUGACGGAAAUCUGCCAACGCGCCGCCAAGUUGGCCAUCCGAGAAAGCAUCCAACGCGAUAUGGAGCGAGACCGCCUCAAGGAAGAAGCCGGGGAUGCCGCCGAAGACAUGGAAGUCGAAGAAGAGGACCCGGUGCCCGAGAUUACAUCGGCCCAUUUCGAAGAUGCCGUGCGCAACGCCCGUCGAUCAGUCAGCGACCGCGACUUGCACCAAUACUCGACGUUUGCCCAAACAUUGCAGCAAUCCCGUGCCCAGGUCGGUGCUAGCGGUUCCUCGUUGUCGUCGUUCUCGUUCCCGAGCCGAAACGUGGUGGGCGGAGGUGGGGGCACCACGGCUGCCGUGGAUGAAGAGGAAGAAGACUUGUACAGCUAAGCCACCACGACGCUGUCGAAAAUGAGAGAUUAUUGUUUCAAUCGUCCUACUACCAUACAUUUAUUUUUGAUUUGCCCGUGGAUAUUGGAGAUUCGGUACGAAUUUCCUAACAUCAGCAUCAAGAAUCGUAUCUGAAA